GGCGGAGGCGCAGAGCUUGGGCAGCCGCCGCCUCCCCACGAGCGAGCGCUGCGCGCCCAGGCCCGGCUCGCAUGCGAGUCACGUCCGCCCCCUCGGCGCGGCCGCCCCGAGACGCCGGCCCCGCCGAGUGAUGAGAACAGACGUCAAACUGCCUUAUGAAUAUUGAUGCGGAGGCUAGGCUGCUUUCGUAGAGAAGCAGAAGAAAGCAAGAUGGCUGCCCUUUAGGAUUUGUUAGAAAGGAGACCUGCCUGCAACUGCUGGAUUGCUGCAAGGCUGCGGGACGAGAACGAGGCUGGCCAACAUUCAGCAGCAGACCCUCUCACGAUCGUUCACUCGCCCUUGCUCCUUGAGUUACGCUUGGAAGCAGGAGAUGGGCUCAGCAGCAGCCAGCAGGCCGUGAUCCAGGAGGAGCAGUGAGGGACAGAGCUGCUGAAUUCAUUGAGAGGGCAGCCUUGUGGAUGGCCCCGAAGCAAGCCUGAUGGAACAAGAUAGAACCAACCAUGUUGAGGGCAACAGACUAAGUCCAUUCCUGACACCAUCUCCUUCUCCCAUUUGCCAGACAGAACCUCUGGCUAUUAAGCUCCAAAAUGGAAGCCCAUUAACUGAGAGACCUUACCCAGAAGUAAACGGAGACACCAAGUGGCAGUCUUUAAAAAGUUAUUACGGAAUACCCCAUGUGAAAGGAAGCCAGAAUAGCCGUGUGAGUCCGGACUUUAUACAAGAAGGUAGAGGGUAUUCCAAAUGUCUGCAAAAUGGAGGAAUAAAACGUACAGUUAGUGAACCUUCUCUCUCUGGGCUCCAUCAGAACAAGAAAUUGAAACAUGACCAAAAAGCUAAUGGAGAAACAAAGAACUUCGGGGAAAGCCAAGAAAGAAAUCCAGUCAAUGGCAGCAGUCAACCAAAUGUCUCCGAUUUGAACGAUAAGAGAGAAUCUGUGAGCUCUGCAGCCCCAGAAAAUGCAGUUAAAGAUUUCACCCAUUUUUCAACAAAUAACUGCAGUGGGUCUGAGAACACAGAGCUUCAGAUUCUGAAUGAGCAGGAAGGGAAAAAUGCUAAUUACCAUGAAAAGAACGUUGUAUUACUUCUUAAAAAUAAGUCAGUGCUAAUGCCUAAUGGUGCUACAGUUUCUGCCUCUUCCAUGGAAAACACACAUGGUGAACUCCUGGAAAAAACACUGUCUCAAUAUUAUCCAGAUUGUGUUUCCAUUGCGGUGCAGAAAACCACAUCUCACAUACAUGCCAUUAAUAGUCAGGCUACUAAUGCGUUGUCCUGUGAGAUCACUCACCCAUCGCAUACCUCAGGGCAGAUCAAUUUCCUACAGACCUCGAACUCUGAGCUGCCUCCAGAGCCAGAUGCAGUGGUGACUGAGGCCUGUGGUGCUGAUAAUGUCAGUGAACCAGCUGCAAUGCUAGGUACCUGUCCCUUUCAGAAACCAGAACAACAAAACUCAGCUUUUGAGAUAAGCCCAUCUCCUGAAGAGAACAGUAACAUCCAAGGAACCACAAAGCUAGUAUCUGGUAAAGAAUUCUGUUCAGGUUCCAGCAGCCAUUUGCAGGCUCCUGGUGGCAGCUCUGAACGGUAUUUAAAACAAAAUGAAAUGAAUGGUGCUCACUUCAAGCAAAGCUCAGUGUUCACUAAGGAUUCCUUUCCUGCCACUAUCACACCACCAACAACGCAAUUGCUUCUUUCUCCCCCUCCUCGUCUUGGGGAGGUUCCUCAGCUUACUUCAGAAGGAAAAAGUACUCUGAAUGAUGGCGUUUUGGAAGAACACCAUCACUACCCCAACCAAAGUAAUUCAACUCUUUUAAGGGAAGUGAAAAUUGAGGGUCAACCCGAGGCGCCACCAUCCCAGAGUCCUAAUCCAUCUACACGUGUAGCCAAUCCUUCUCUGAUGCUUCCAGAAAGGCUUCAGAAUAAUUGUGCUAACAAGAAUGACAUACGGACUCCGGGGACAACGAUUGUUCCAUUGUGUUCUGAGAAAACAAGACAAAUAUCAGAACAUCUCAAGCAUAAGCCACCAAUUUGUGGUAGCAGUGGAGUUCCACAGGACCACUGCCAGCAGUUGAUGGGACACAAAGAUCAAGAGAUUCUGCAGGGUCAAGACAAGGAACAAACACGAGAUCUUGUGCUCCCAACACAGCCCUAUCUGAUGCCAGGAUGGAUUGAAUUGAAGGCCCCUCACUUCCAUCACGCAGAAUCCCAUUUAAAAUAUAAUGAGGCAUCACUGCGGUCAAUUCUUCAGUAUCAGUCCAACUCCUCCAAUCAAAUGACCUCCAAACAAUACACUGGAAAUUCCAACAUGCCUGGGGGGCUCCCAGGGCAAGUCUACAUCCCGAAAAUAAUGCAGCCAGAGCAGAGGCCACAAAGGUACCAAGCUGAGGUGAAUCAAGGGCAGUCUCAAGGUACAGUGGACCAACAUCUCCAGUUCCAAAAACCCUCACUCCAGGUGAACUUCUCCAAAACAGACCCUUUACCCAAAGCUCAAAUGCAGUCACUGUGCGCCCCUAGAUUUCAUAAUCAACAAAGACCAGAUUCUCAAACUGAGAAACCCAUGUCCUCAACAUUAAAGCAACACUUGAAUCAACAGUCUUCAGAGACUGAGCCAUUCUCAAACUCACACGUUUUACAACAUAAGCCUCAUAAGCAGGCAGCACAAACACAAACAUCCCAGAAUUCACAUCUCCCUCAAAACCAGCAGCAGCAGCAGCAACAACAACAACAACAACAGCAGCAGCAGCAGCAGCAGCAGCAGCAGCAGCAGCAGCAAAAAUUACACAUGAAGAAUAAAGAACAGAUGUCCCAGACUUUUUCUUAUCCCCAAGACAACAGUGAUCAGCAAAGAGAAGGAUCAUUCUUUAGCCAGAUUAAAGUGGAAGAAUGCUUUCGUGUUGAAAAUCAGUAUUCAAAACCAAGUGAGUUUCACACUCAUAAUUCUCAAAUGGGAUUGGAACACAUACAGAAUAUGAAUAGUAGAAAUGCCCCCUAUGGUCAGAUCUUGAAAUCAAAUGGAAGCAAAGCGCAGAUUUCUUGUUCAAACAACACACACCAAGUUCAAGAAAAUACAGAACAGACUAUAAAUUCUGAACUUUUUACAGGAAACAAGACCCAAAACUUGCAUCACAUGCAAUAUUUUCCGAAUAAUGUGACCUCAAAGCAAGAGGCUCUUCACAGGUGCUUUCAGGAACAGGAACAGAAGCCUCAACAAGCUUCAGUUCUACAGGGAUAUAAAAGUAAAAACCAAGAUAUGUCUGGUCAACAAGCUGCACAACUCACUCAGCAAAGGUACCUGGUGCAAAACCAAGCAAAUGCUUUCCCUGUACCUGACCAGGGAGGAAGUCACAUUCAGACCCCUCCCCAGAAGGACAUUCAAAGGCACGCUGCUCUAAGGUGGCAUCUCUUACAGAAGCAAGAACAGCAGCAAAACCAACAACUCCAAACUGAGUCUUGCCAUAAUCAGAUGCACAGGCCAAUUAAGGUUGAACCUGGAUCGAAGCCCCAUGCCUGUAUGCACCCCAUAUCAGAAAACAAAACCUGGAAAAAGAUAACUAAGCAAGAGAUUCCACCUCCAAGCUGUGAUAAUGUGCAGCAAAGGAGCAUCCUUGAGACCAUGGAGCAACAUCUGAAACAGUUUCAGGUCAAAUCGUUAUUUGACCAUAAGGCUCUUACUCUCAAAUCACAGAAACAAGUAAAAGUUGAAAUGUCAGGGCCAGUCACGAUUUUAACUAGACAGACCACUGCUGCAGAACUUGAUAGCUACACCCCAGCUUUAGAGCAGCAAGUGACUCCUUCUUCAGAAAAGACACCAACCAAAAGAACAGCUGGUUCUGUUCUCAAUAAUUUUUUAGAGUCACCUUCCAAAUUACUAGAUACUCCUAUAAAAAAUUUAUUGGAUACACCUGUCAAGACUCAAUAUGAUUUCCCAUCAUGCAGAUGUGUAGAGCAAAUUAUUGAAAAAGAUGAAGGUCCUUUUUAUACCCAUCUAGGAGCAGGUCCUAAUGUGGCAGCUAUUAGAGAAAUCAUGGAAGAAAGGUUUGGACAGAAGGGUAAAGCUAUUAGGAUUGAAAGAGUCAUCUAUACUGGUAAAGAAGGCAAAAGUUCUCAGGGAUGUCCUAUUGCCAAAUGGGUGGUGCGCAGAAGCUGCAGUGAGGAGAAGCUACUGUGUUUGGUGCGGGAGCGAGCUGGCCACACCUGUGAGGCUGCAGUGAUUGUGAUUCUCAUCCUGGUGUGGGAAGGAAUCCCACUAUCUCUGGCUGACAAACUCUACUCGGAGCUCACUGAGACGCUGAGGAAAUACGGCACCCUCACCAACCGUCGGUGUGCCCUGAAUGAAGAGAGAACCUGUGCCUGUCAAGGGCUGGACCCAGACACCUGUGGUGCCUCGUUUUCUUUUGGUUGUUCGUGGAGCAUGUAUUACAAUGGAUGUAAAUUUGCCAGAAGCAAGAUACCAAGAAAAUUUAAGCUGCUUGGGGAUGACCCAAAAGAGGAAGAGAAACUGGAGUCUCAUUUACAAAACUUGUCCACUCUUAUGGCACCAACAUACAAGAAACUUGCACCUGAUGCAUAUAAUAAUCAGAUUGAAUAUGAACACAGAGCACCAGAGUGCCGUCUGGGUCUGAAGGAAGGCCGUCCAUUCUCAGGGGUCACUGCAUGUUUGGACUUCUGUGCUCAUGCACACAGAGACUUGCACAACAUGCAGAAUGGCAGCACAAUGGUAUGCACCCUCACUAGAGAAGACAAUCGAGAAAUUGGAGGCAAACCUGAGGAUGAGCAGCUCCAUGUUCUGCCUCUCUACAAAGUCUCUGAUGUGGAUGAGUUUGGGAGUGUAGAAGCUCAGGAGGAGAAAACACGAAAUGGUGCCAUUCAGGUACUGACUUCUUUUCGGCGGAAAGUCAGGAUGUUAGCAGAGCCAGUCAAGACAUGCCGACAGAGGAAACUAGAAGCCAAGAAAGCUGCAGCUGAAAAGCUUUCCUCUUUGGAGAACAGCGCAAAUAAGAAUGAAAAGGAAAAGUCAGCUUCAUCUCGUACAAAACAGACUGAAAAUGCAACCCAAGCUAAACAGUUGGCAGAACUUCUGCGACAUUCAGGACCAGUCAUGCAGCAGUCCCAGCAGCCCCAGCCCCAAUCACAACCCCAACAACUACAGAAGCAACCUCCACAGCCACAGCCUCAGCACCCCCAGCCGCAGCCACCACAGCCGCAGCGACCCCAGCAGCCACCGCCACAUCAUCCCUUGACUAGUAACCCUCAGUCAGAGGCUGUCAACUCUUACUCUCCUUCUGGGUCCACGCAUCCAUAUACGAGACGGCCCAAUCCAGUUAGUCCUUAUCCGAGCUCUUCACACACUUCAGAUAUUUAUGGAGGCACCAACCCUAUGAACUUCUAUUCCACCUCCUCCCAAGCUGCAGGUUCAUAUUUGAAUUCUUCUAAUGCCAUCAACCCCUACCCCAGGCUUUUAAAUCAGAACCAAUAUCCAUCGUAUCAGUGCAAUGGAAAUAUAUCAAUGGACAACUGCUCCCCGUAUCUCGGCUCCUAUUCUCCCCAGUCUCAGCCCAUAGAUCUGUAUAGGUAUCCAAACCAAGACCCCCUCUCCAAGCUAAAUCUACCACCUAUCCAUACACUUUACCAGCCACGGUUUGGAAAUAGCCAGAGUUUUACUUCUAAGUACUUAGGUUAUGGAAACCAAAAUAUGCAGGGAGAUGCCUUUAGCAGUUGUACUGUUAGGCCAAAUGUUCACCAUGUAGGGACAUUUCCUCCUUAUUCCACUCAUGAGAUGGAUGGUCACUUCAUGGGAGCUGCCUCUAGAUUACCACCCAAUUUGAGCAAUCCAAACAUAGACUAUAAAAAUGGUGAACAUCACCCAUCUUCUCAUAUAAUCCAUAACUACACUGCAGCUUCAGGCAUGUUCAACAGCUCUCUCCAUGCCCUGCGCCUCCAAAACAAGGAGAAUGACAUGCUUUCCCACACAGCUAAUGGGUUAUCUAAGAUGCUUCCAGGUCUUACCCAUGAUAGAGCUGCUUCUGUCCCAGAAGGCUUACACAAAUUACAUGAUGCUAGCAGUCAGGAGAAGCAGCCAUCUGCCGCCGAGGACAAUGACGAGGUCUGGUCAGACAGCGAGCAGAGCUUUCUGGAUCCUGACAUUGGGGGCGUGGCCGUAGCUCCAACUCAUGGGUCCAUUCUCAUUGAGUGUGCAAAGCGUGAGCUUCAUGCCACCACCCCUUUAAAGAAUCCCAACAGGAACCACCCCACCAGGAUCUCACUUGUCUUUUACCAGCACAAGAGCAUGAAUGAGCCAAAACAUGGCUUGGCGCUCUGGGAAGCUAAAAUGGCUGAAAAAGCCCGUGAGAAAGAAGAAGAGUGUGAAAAGUAUGGCCCGGACUAUGUGCCUCAGAAAACCCACGGCAAAAAGGUGAAACGGGAGCCCCCUGAGCCACAUGAAUCUUCCGAGCCCACUUACCUGCGCUUCAUCAAGUCCCUUGCUGAAAGGACCAUGUCCGUGACCACAGACUCCACAGUAACGACAUCUCCAUAUGCCUUCACUCGGGUCACAGGGCCUUACAACAGAUACAUAUGAUAUCGCCCCCGUGUUGGUUACCUCAUUUGAAAAGACCACAACCAACCUGUCCAUAGUGUAGUUCUCAUGACAUGGGCAGUGGGGAAAGGACACAGUCAGUAUUCAUGACAAAUGUGGUAGGAGGACCCUCGGCUCACCAGCAAAAAAAGAGGUCCCCUUACCAUAGCACUUAAUGUCCGCUGACUCCUAAGUGAUCACAGAUGGCAUCUAGGCAAAAGACCAAAGCAUUCUGUGCAAAAAGAAGGUGGGGAAGAAAGUGUUCCACAAUUUACAUUUUUAAACACUGGUUCUAUUAUUGGACGAGAUGAUAUGUAAAUGUGACGUUUUCUUCCCCUGGCAACUCUACACAUCUGUGACCACUUUUAAUAAUACCAAGUUUGCAUAGUCAUGGAACACAAAUCAACCAAGUACUGUAGUAUUACAGUGGCAGGACUCUUAAAAUACCAUCUGGUGCUGAACAUAUGUACUGAAAUACUGGAAUUAUGGCUUUUUAACAUGCAGUUUUUACUGUAAUCUUAAUGUUAACUUGUAUUUAUCAAAAUAGCUACAGGAAGAAUAAAUGAAUAGAAAGCAAAACACUGAAUUUGUUUGGAUGUUCUAAGAAAUGGUGCUAAGAAAAUGGUGUCUUUAACAGUUGAAAAUUUAAUGCCUUUCUACCAUCGAGAUGCUAUCGGUGUACUCCAAUGCUGUUGAAUAACAGGGGUACCUUUCCAUUGAAGUUUUUAUCUUAAUUACUUAUUCUUACACAAGCUUAGUUUUUAAAAUGUGGACAUUUUAAAGGCCUCUGGAUUUUGCUCAUCCAGUGAAGUCCUUGUGGGACAAAAAACAUACAUGUACAUACAUACACACAUAUGUAUAUGUGCACAUACAUGUAUAUGUAUAAAUAUGUUAAAUGGUGUCUUAGAAGCACUUUGCCUACCUAAGCUUUGACAACUUGAACAAUGCUAAGGUACUGAGAUGUUUAAAAACAAAGUUUACUUUCAUUUUAGAAUGCAAAGCUGAUUUUUUUAAGGAAAGGAAAGCUUUUAAAAUAUUUUUGCUUUUAGCCAUGCAUCUGCUGAUGAGCAAUGUGUCCAUUUUUAAUACAGCCAGUUAAAUCCAAAAGGGGGCUUGCUGGAUUCAAGGUAAUACAUUAGUACACAAAACACGUUUUCUGGUGCUCAUCUCACAUGCUAUACUGUAAACGUUUUAUACAAAAUUGUAUGACAAGUUCAUUGCUCAAAUAUGUAGAGUUUUAAGAAUUUUCUAUCAACUGCAGGUAAUAAUUAACUGCAUGCUACAGACUAAACCAAGCUGUUCACUUACGCGAAGCGAUUUUAUGUAUCUAUGUGCUCUUCAGUGAGCUGAAUGGCAGUCUGCCUUUGUGUUGAUAAUUGUACAUUGUGACAUUGUCAUUUCUUAGCUUAAGUGUCCUCUUUACCAGGAAGAUUGAGCAGACUGAUGCCUCCAUAAGAAAAAUAAACAGGGUUAGUUCCAUGUGAAUCUGUUAAUUAAAAAGAAAACAGGCAGCUGGUUUGCUGUGGUGGUUUUAAAUCAUUGAUUUGUAUAAAGAAGUGAAAGAGAUGUAUAGAAAGUAAAUUAAAUUGUAAACAAAACUUUUUUAACGCAAUGCUUUAGUAUUUUAGUACUGUAAAAAAACAAAAGGAAAAUAUAUAUAUGUGUAUAUAUAUGUAUAUGUAUAUGUGUAUGUGUAUAUAUAUAUAUAUAUAUAUAUAUAUAUAUAUAUGGAUUUGAAGCAGAAUUCACAUCAUGAUGGUGCUACUCAGCCUGCUACAAAUAUAUCAUAAUGUGAGCUAAGAAUUCAUUAAAGGUUUGAGUGAUGUUCCUACUUGUCAUAUACCUCAACACUAGUUUGGCAAUAGGAUAUUGAACUGAGAGUGAAAGCUUAUAGCAUUGUGUACCAUCAUUUUUUUCCAAGACUUUUUUAGUAAAAAAGCAUACCUUUUUUCAAUACUUGAUUUCUUAGCAAGUAUAACUUGAACGUCAACCUUUUUGUUCUAAAAAAUCAGGGAUAUUUCAGCUCAUGUUCUUCUUAUGCCAACAUGUCACCUGUGUUUAUGUAAAAUUGUUAUACGUUAAUAAAUAUAUUCUUUUUCAGGGAUUUAACCCUUUUAUUUUGAAUCCCUCCUAUUUUGCUUGUAUAUGUCCUUAUGUAACUAAAACUAAUUUUGUAAAUCACUUGGCUCUUUUUAAUUGUAAAGUAAAGCAUUUUAAAAGUUUGGGGAAUAUUUUAACUGUUUCAAGCAGGAAAAAAAUUACAUGAAAAUAGAAUGCACUGAGUUGACAAAGGGAAAAUUGUAAGGCAGGAGUUUGGCAAGUGGCUGUUGGCUAAAGUCUUUCAAUUCUCUAAAUAAAGAUGUUUUGAUCCUGUAAUCAGUAUAGGUACAGACCCACGAGGACUUCUCCAAACAGGCAAGACACUUAGAGAUAUUGUGUGCAAUCAACUGUACAAUUACAUUUUGGUCUAAGUGCAUUUUUGCUUACUAACAUUUAAAAUACACUCUUAAUCAAAGGAGGCCUUUGAGUUUUGUUGGUCAAAUCUUUGUCUUUUAAAAAGUUUUCUUUAGUUUCUGGCUGUGACCAGUUCACAAAUAUUUCAAAAGCAUUUGUUUUGCAUAUGUCAAACCACAUGAUUUUAAUAUUUUGCAUAUGCCAUAUGUUUACCCAAAUAUUUGGUUACUACAUGCUCAUUUAUUGGUUUUGAGUCAGCCAUCUCUAUAUGAAUAUUUGGUUUCUAUAUCACCCACUGUCACUUGUCAAACUGCUGGCCAACAGGGCAGAAAGUGUAGUCUGGGGGUUUGGGGAGAGGUUAGGUAGGAAGGAGAAGAGGAAAUUGAACAGCUUAUUGUAAAUAUCAGAUCUGUAAUUGUAAAUAUCAAACCUGCCUCAGUUAGAAUGAAUGGAAAGCAGAUCUCCAGUUUGCUUAUAUAGGAAUAUCAGGUUGACUGUAUAGCCAUACUUGAAAAUGCUUCUGAGUGGUGUCAACUUUACUUGAAUGAAUUUUUCAUCUUGAUUGACGCACAGUGGUGUACAGUUCACUUCUAAAGCUAGUGGUCAACUUGUGUAGAGAAACUUUUGCAGUUUGACACUAAGAUAAUGAACUCUGUGUGCAUUUUUCAACGCUUUUUUAAAAACUUAGUUUCAUUUCAUUUUCAUGAGAUGUUUGGUUUGUCUAUAAAAUCUGAGGAGGGUUGUUAUAAAUACUGUAAGUAUUGUAAUGUUAUGAAUGCAAGUUAUUUGAAAGCGUUUAUUAUUAUAUCAUUCCUGAUAACGCUAUG